AUGGCCUGCGACAACCAGCACCAGACCCACAAGGCCUGCGACAACCAGCACCAGAAUCACAGCGCCUGCGACACUCACCAACAGAUCCACAAGGCCUGCGAAACUCACCACCGGACCCACAAGGCCAGCGACAACCACCACAAGACUCACAAGGCCUGCGACAACCACCACCAGAUCCAAAAGGCCUGCGACAACAACCAUCAGCCCACAAGGCCUGCGACAACCAGCACAAGACUUACAAGGCCUGCGUUAACCACCUCCAGAUCCACAAGGCCUGCGAGAACCACCACAAGACUCACAAGGCCUGCGACAACUAUCAUCAGCCCACAAGGCCUGCGACAAAAAACACAAGACUCACAAGGCUUGCGACAACCACCGCAAGACCCACAAGGCCUGCGACAACCACCACCAGACCCACAAGGCCUGCGAGAACAACCAUCAGCCCACAAGGCCUGCGACAACCAGCACAAGACUCAUAAGGCCUGCGUUAACCACCACAAGACUUACAAUGGCUGCGACAACCACCAUAAGACACACAAUGCUUGCAACAACCACCACCGGACUCACAAGGCCUGCGACAACCACCACCAGACCUACAAGGCCUGCGACAACCACCACCGGACUCACAAGGCCUGCGACAACCACCACCAGACCCACAAGGCCUGCGACAACCACCACCGGACUCACAAGGCCUGCGACAACCACAACCAGACCCACAAGGCCUGCGACAACCACCACCCGACUCACAAGGCCUGCGACAAACACCACCAGACUCACAAGGCCACUGACAACUACCACCACACUCACAAGGCCUGCGACAACCACCAUCUGACCCUCAGGGCCUGCGACAAACACCAACAGACUCACAAGGCCUGUGACAUCCACCGCCAGAUUCACAAGAACUGCGAUAUCCACCAGCAGACUCACAAGGCCUGCGACAAACAACACCAGACUCACAAGGCCUGCGACAAACGACACCAGACUCACAAGGCCUGCGACAAUCAACACCAGACUCACAAGUCCUGCGACAAUCAACACAAGACUCACAAGGCCUGCGACAAACAACACCAGACUCACAAGGCCUGCGACAACCACCACCAGACCCACAAGGCCUGCGACAUCCACCGCCAGACUCACAAGAACUGCGAUAUCCACCAGCAGACUCACAAGGCCUCUUUGUUAUAUUGA